AGCGUCUUAAUAAACGCCGCUUCAUCUGUUUUAGCCUUUUUUAUUCCCCUUUUCUCUAGGGUUUUUGUUUCUUUGAUUUUCCCGAGAAAAUGAGAGAAUGCAUUUCGAUCCACAUCGGUCAGGCCGGUAUCCAGGUCGGAAAUUCCUGCUGGGAACUCUACUGCCUCGAGCACGGCAUUCAGCCCGAUGGACAGAUGCCAGGUGACAAGACCGUUGGUGGAGGAGACGAUGCCUUCAACACAUUCUUCAGCGAAACCGGUGCCGGAAAGCACGUGCCACGCGCCGUUUUCGUGGAUCUGGAGCCCACCGUCAUCGACGAAGUGAGAACCGGUACCUACCGCCAACUCUUCCACCCGGAGCAACUCAUUAGCGGCAAAGAAGACGCUGCCAACAACUUCGCUCGUGGACAUUAUACCAUUGGGAAGGAGAUUGUUGAUCUUUGCCUUGAUAGAAUCAGGAAGCUUGCUGAUAAUUGCACUGGUCUACAAGGUUUCUUGGUGUUCAAUGCCGUGGGUGGUGGAACAGGUUCAGGCCUGGGUUCGCUUCUCUUGGAGCGUCUCUCUGUUGAUUACGGCAAAAAGUCAAAGCUGGGUUUCACUGUUUUUCCCUCACCACAGGUUUCAACCUCUGUUGUUGAACCCUACAACAGCGUGCUUUCAACCCAUUCACUCCUCGAACACACUGAUGUCUCUGUACUUCUUGACAAUGAAGCCAUUUAUGAUAUCUGCCGCCGCUCUCUUGACAUUGAGCGCCCCACUUACACCAACCUCAACCGCCUUGUCUCGCAGGUGAUUUCGUCCCUCACUGCCUCUUUGAGGUUCGAUGGAGCACUGAAUGUUGAUGUAACCGAGUUCCAAACUAACUUGGUUCCCUAUCCAAGGAUCCAUUUUAUGCUUUCCUCUUAUGCUCCUGUGAUCUCUGCUGAGAAAGCAUACCAUGAGCAGCUUUCUGUUGCUGAGAUUACCAACAGUGCUUUUGAACCAUCUUCUAUGAUGGCCAAGUGUGACCCACGCCAUGGCAAGUACAUGGCUUGUUGUUUGAUGUAUCGUGGUGAUGUUGUUCCCAAGGAUGUGAAUGCUGCUGUGGCUACCAUCAAGACCAAGCGCACGAUCCAGUUUGUGGAUUGGUGUCCCACUGGGUUUAAGUGUGGUAUCAAUUAUCAGCCUCCAACUGUUGUUCCUGGAGGUGAUCUUGCCAAGGUGCAGAGGGCUGUGUGCAUGAUCUCUAAUUCCACCAGUGUUGCUGAAGUGUUCUCCAGGAUUGAUCAUAAGUUUGAUCUUAUGUAUGCUAAGCGUGCUUUCGUGCACUGGUAUGUUGGUGAGGGCAUGGAAGAGGGUGAGUUCUCAGAGGCUCGUGAGGACCUUGCUGCUCUGGAGAAGGAUUAUGAGGAGGUUGGUCUUGAGUCUGGUGACGGAGAGGAUGGUGAAGGAGAAGAUGACUAUUAGAAUGGAAAUGUUGAAUAUGCAGUAUCGUGUGCGUGUUAUGUACUUUUUCGUUUUCUUUGGGACAAAAAUUUGUAUGUUGUUUUUGGUUGCUGCUUGUGAUCAAUGUUUGUGCUCUUCAUAGCACAAAAGUUUAA